AUGUCAGCUAAGCUCCUGGUGGGUUUCUUCCUCCUGUCCGUAUUCCAAGCCUGUUCAAGAAAGGUUGAAGAGGAUGACUUCGAAGAGUUCACGACAAAUCAAAAAUGGGUAAUGUCUCCAAAAACUCAUGACACCGAUGUGACACUCUUGCUAAACAAGUUGCUGAGGGAAUAUGAUAAAAAGCUGCGGCCCGACAUUGGAAUGAAACCAACUGUCAUUGAUGUUGACAUUUAUGUUAAUAGCAUUGGCCCUGUGUCAUCGAUAAAUAUGGAAUACCAAAUCGAUAUAUUUUUUGCUCAGACAUGGACUGACAGCCGUCUUCGUUUUAACAGCACCAUGAAAAAGAGUCUCACCCUCAACAGCAAUAUGGUUGGCUUAAUUUGGAUCCCGGAUACUAUCUUCAGGAAUUCUAAAACUGCAGAAGCACAUUGGAUUACAACACCCAAUCAGCUCCUGAGAAUAUGGAAUGAUGGGAAAAUCUUGUAUACUUUAAGGCUUACCAUCAACGCUGAAUGCCAGCUGCAGCUUCAUAAUUUCCCAAUGGAUAAACAUUCGUGCCCGCUGAUAUUCUCCAGCUAUGGCUAUCCUCAAGAAGAAAUGAUUUACAGAUGGAGAAAAAACUCAGUAGAAGCCGCAGAUCAGAAAUCUUGGAGACUCUAUCAGUUUGACUUCAUGGGUCUUAGAAAUACCUCUGAUAUUGUGCAAACAUCAGCAGGUGAUUACAUAGUCAUGACUAUAUACUUCGAUUUAAGUAGAAGAAUGGGAUACUUCACUAUUCAAACAUACAUUCCCUGUAUAUUAACAGUUGUCUUAUCCUGGGUAUCCUUUUGGAUUAAAAAAGAUGCCACACCAGCAAGAACAGCCCUAGGUAUCACCACAGUGUUAACCAUGACAACUCUCAGCACCAUUGCAAGAAAUUCCUUGCCCCGUGUCUCUUACGUCACUGCCAUGGACUUGUUUGUGACCGUGUGCUUCUUAUUUGUCUUUGCUGCUCUGAUGGAGUAUGCAACCCUCAACUACUACUCAAGCUGCAGGAAGCCGCACUGUAGAAAGAAGAAAAAGUCGCUUCCUGAUGUCAGUUUUGGUCAUAUGAUGAAUUAUUCGGUACUAGAGAUGAGACCUCCUCCUACAGUCAUCGCAUUGAAUAAUGCCAUGUACUGGCAAGAAUUUGAAGACAAUUGUAUCUAUGAAUGUUUGGAUGGGAAGGACUGUCAGAGCUUUUUCUGCUGUUAUGAAGAAUGUAAAUCUGGCUCAUGGAGGAAAGGACGGGUACACAUAGACAUUUUAGAACUCGACUCUUAUUCAAGGGUUUUUUUCCCUACAUCAUUCCUGCUGUUCAACUUGGUAUACUGGGUUGGAUACCUCUAUCUCUAG